CUCGAUCAGAGUCGAACUGACUUGUGCCGGUAGUCAAUGCAAUCUUGUUCCGGACUCAAUGAACAAUCUCCCGGGUCACUUCGCCGACUUUGUCAGAGUUGGAACUCCCCCGCGCCGCUACGUAUAUUACGCUAUCGGCGCGUUCGUGAUCCAGGAUCCGUCUACCGAGUUGCCACACAUUGGGGGAGCGGUGAUUGACUCUACAGAAGCUGGCGAGGGCGAGGUGCUACGGAGCGAGGUGGCCGCUGCCGUUGGGCUCCUCCGACACCAGUUCCGUCGAGGCGACUUUUGCCAGAACCACACUCUGCCUGCCAUCGUCUUCUCCUUCCAACACGACAGGUUUGGGCGAGUGACCCAGUUCCACUUCGAUGGCAGGUCACUUAUCCUGCGGCAGUCCCGGCUGCUCGACUUCCGCAGCGACGAACCGACCACGGAUGCGUACCACAUGAUCCGGUGGUUGGCCAACCGGCCAAUUGGUGAGACAAGGUUCCGUCAGGUGGCGGCGGACGAAACGGAGGAAAAUGAGGUGCAGGACGUUGACAAGGCCGAUGGCAAACUGCCUAUUCCAGUCCGCGGGCCGUGACUGACGCAUCAGUGGCAUUCC